GCCCUUUCAGGCGCCGUAUGGAGCGCGUUUGCUAACGUCCUCACGUAUCCUCUGGAUGUUGCUGCGACGCGACUCCAGCUGCACCCUAAACGAACAGGCACCAACUCACUGCACGAUGGGAUACGCAUUCUGCCGCAUAUUAUCCGGAGAUAUGGCUUGGCUGCAGUGUACGAUGGCAUAAUAACUGAUUCGGGCGCGUCUCUAGUCUCCAAUUUCUGUCACUAUUACAUCCAUUCCUUCUUGCGAACCUCGGUUCUUCGCCAUCGUUAUAAUGACACCAAAGCAAAAAUAUCUCUCCCGAUAUUGCAAGAACUUUUUCUCGGCUUCAUCGCUGGGGUUGCUUCACGUGCGGUGUCGAUGUUGUUGAAUCUCAUCACCUUAUGCCUUCAGGCUGAGCGUGACGACAACGACGAAAAUCCCGAUCAAGAUAAAGCCGUGGGUUUGUCGUCGGUCGUCAAUCUCGUUUAUAGCGAGCGCGGGCUCUUUGGAUUUUGGCGGGGUUUCCAGACCACUAUUAUGUUGUCACUCAAUCCCUCAAUUACACUCGCCGUCUUUCAGAUCUACAAGAGAGUCGCCGAUAGACUCUCUCCCUCCCGCUUCUCCACAAUCAAGCCCAGUCCCGAAGAGUCUUUCAUUGGUGGAGCCGUGUCUAGUUCUAUUGCUAUGGCGAUCCUCUAUCCACUCAUCCUCGCCAAAGUCAGAUUACAAGUCCAACGCAAGAUAAGUUCCACCUCUACCCUGGAUUCGGUGCUGUUCGAUGCGUACAAGAGCGCAGGCGGUUUGGGGUGCAGAUUGCUAAAGGUUUCUUCGGACAGGGUAUCUCAUUCCUGGUAA